GGAAGAAGUCCCAGCCAUGGCUCUGUCGCAGACGUUGGACGACUCCCCGUUGAGGCUGAGUCAAAGACCCGCCGCGGCCGACGUUGUCAACCUGCAGGAAGUCUACAACGAGAGGCACCGGCUGGCUCUGGAGGAGUUGCUCUCCGGCGGGGUCGAGAACUUUCUGGAUUUCCUAAGGAGGGAGAGGAUUCCCAACUUUCUGUCGGACAAUGAGAUCCAGCGGAUCCGGAGCGCCGCCGUGCCGCCGCCGCAGUGCGUGUCGGUUCACGGGGAGGAGCUGGAGCAUACGCUCGGCAGCUCGUUGGACUGCUCCUCGGUCACUUACUUCCCCGAGGUGUCCGACGUGGAGCCGCCGCUGCUGGAGAUCGGAUGGCCCGCCUUCACCGCGGGCUCCUACCGGGGAGUGACGCGGGCCGUGGCUCACUUCCAGCCCAGCUAUGGAGAGACUAUUUACGCCUGCAAAGAGGCUGCGAGGCGGAUGAUCAAAAGUGCAAAAGAGGUGAUCGCCAUAGUGACGGACUCCCUCACGGACCUGGAUAUCUUUAGGGAUCUCCAGGAGGCGUGCUCCCACCGCAGGGUGCCCGUCUACAUCCUGCUCGACCAGUCAUGCGCUCCCGCUUUCCUGAGGAUGUGCAGGAACGUCGGCGUUCGCCUGGAUGACCUGCGGCAUAUGAGAGUGCGAACCGUCGCUGGCACGACUUACUACAUGAGGUCUGGAGCCAGGAUCACCGGGAAAGUUCAUGAGCGUUUUAUGCUGAUCGAUGGGAACAGAGUGGCCACGGGUUCAUACAGGUUCAACUGGACUGACGGCAAACUGAACAGCAGCAACCUGAUCGAGCUCUCGGGUCAGAUAACAGAGAAGUUCGACGAGGAGUUCCGCAUCCUCUACGCCCAGUCCCAGCCCAUAAGCGCCCGCGGGCCUCAGAGCGUCCGAGGCAGCGGCGUCUUUGAGCACCUCAGCAUCAAACACUCAGCCGCCUGCUCGCCUCUCGUGAGCAGAGAGAAGCCCGCCGAGCCGGUUCACCUGACCAGCACCCCCAGCCGUAAACCCCAGACGUUACGCGAGCCUUCCUCUCCGAGUACUGGUCAAACCAGCCCGGUGUCCGACUCCUCCACCAUAGACGGGGGCACGAUGGAGCAGAAGCUCUUUCAGGAAGAGGUCUUGGCUGCUACCGCAAAUGAUCGUCCUCCCGUAGAGCGGCAUGCAGAGAAAGACGCAGCGAGCCCCGCUGCCGCCUCCCGCCACGUCUCGACCCAGACCAGCCGUUCGGUGACAGACGGCGACACACAGACCGACGCUCAGCACCUCAGCCCGACUACCGUAGCCAAAACAUCGCGACAGGACAGAUCCCUCAGGCAAGUCCCAGCACCCCACGCAGAUCCGGACGCCCUUCAUGAGCUGUCCAAAGAGCGGCGGAGCCACUACUCAGCCAUCCGCUCCAAACUGGAACACAUCGUGACCUCCCUGACCGAGAGGCGAGAGCUGGUGGACGUCACCAACGUGACUCAGGGCAUCGGAGUCGCUGGCGGCAGCAGGCAGAGGAUCCACAAAGACACAAAUCCCGGACCGCUUGCCGAAAGUGGGGGCAUGGGCACAUGGCCAAGAGCCAGAUGUGUGCACUAGCUCAGCUGUCCCCAACCUUUUUAGUCGCUCGGACCGGUCAGCCCUUCGCAAUUACUUAAGUAUCGAGUCCGAUGCUGUUGUUCGAAGGGGGGGUGCGCAAGGAACAAGGUGUUGAGAGGCUUCCUUUGUUCUAAAUGAACACUUUUGGCUUCUACUGAAAAUUUUAUUAUAGAUAUUUUCUUUGUUUUAACUCUUAGUUGACAUUUUUUUCCUGAAGAUUUCUCUAUAUUUUUUAGGUGCUGGGUUGUAAAUUACCAUUAAAUUAUGCCAGAAAUUUUCAACCAAGGGCGGCAGAAUGAGAACAGUUUCUAAGACGCGAGUCAAGCCUGCUGUACAACGAGCGAAAAACAGACGGAAUCACUGUUUUAGCUAUUCAAAUGUGCCUUGCGCUGCUGUAACUACUUCCAAAGAUCAUUCUGGAGAGCAGCUGGCUCUCACCGUGCCUCAAAAAAUAAAAGUCGGCAAUUU